AUGGCAGCUGCCAGCUCCCAUGGCGACAUGGCGCUCGUGCCCAAGGAGCCCGAGCCCAAGAUUGCAGACCCGUCCACGUUGUUCCUGAACGAUCGUGCGAGGUUUCCAACGAUAUACGACAGGUUCGUCGGCUACGUGGCGGGUCACGAGCUCGAGAAUCUAGUGUUCAGGCUGCACGCGCGUCAACCCCGAUGGCUGCCCCUCGUGCACGAGGGCAAGUUCACCAUGACCAGGGACCCUGCCAACAGGAGGUGCAAGUCAGUUGAGACGAUUGGCAUAUGCAAGGUCCGUAAGGGGCCAUGGGUAAUUCCAGCAGGCGAGAAUCAAUGGACUGUUCUACACUGGGCGAGCUUGCUUGAAGAUGCCAAGAUGGCGAUGGAGAAAGAUCCCCACAAGAAAAGCAGGACGGUUUGGAUCGCUCUCGAGGCUGGUUGUGACUCUGCUGUGGAGUUCGACCCGAACUUACCAGACGAUGUGAAAGACUACGUCAUCGAGCUAGGCAACGCCACCAACGCCAGCACUUUGGUGGUUACGGUGCUCCAGGUGUUCAUGUCUACCGAGACGAUUCUUUCUGGAUGGGCAAUCCAGAAGGAAAAGGUAACUGCUACUGGUGACGGUUGUGGCGGGGCGCUUACGCUCUACGCUCGCAGGCAUGCCUAUGCCAACGCUGUAUUCUCUGGCCGCUGGCGCUCACAGAACGCGCUCGACGUGACGAUCAACACCUACAACCUUUUGCAGACAACGAUGACAUCAGCAGGCAUUUCAGUUUGGGAUCAGAUGGUAUCUUAUUUCGAGACAAAGGCUGACUACAUGCAUGAGUACAUGAAGGACACGAACGCGGUCAUCCAGAACAUCAGUUGCAUUUGCAAGGUGCUGUGCUCUACUUAUCCCGACUUCGUCGUUCCUGUCAUUGCCCUCGUGAUCCCGCACCUCGAGUCUGAACCCCUCGGGGCGUGCCCAGCGCUGCCAGAUGGCAUUCCGCAGGGCAAGUUGCGAAAGCUGUCAGAGGCCAUGGUGAGGAACUUGCUGGCGAGCAUGGCCGACAGCGCGACUAUGAAGGCGAAGGUCUCUGCGGGGUGCGCGUGCGCAUCGGAUGGGGACAACGACGUGUCUUUCCUGAGUGACGUGAUCCAGUUCACCGCGAUGCUCAAGCACAAGCUGAACGCCCCCCAGGACAACCUGAACGCAUACUCGUCGAUCCUGUGCUUCUGCCAGUUGCAGGGAGAGGUACAAGUUCCAGGGAAUGGCAACACCCCAGCGAGGACGAUCAGCAGAUACACCGCGAUGAAGCGCCACAUCAUCAACGCUGCAUUCAAAGCAUCUGGCAUGGCAAAGAAGCCCAGCGACCUUGAGAUCUACUACGCCGACGCAGGGGACGACAGCCAGCUUGCAGAGUCGCCCAGCAAGGCGCCUCUGGAGGAGAAGACUGACGAGACGCUCUUGGACACCUUCAAGACCUUGCAGGACAACGGUUCGGCGGCCCGCAUGAAGUCCUACCUGAUGGUGCACCCGAUCGACAAGCCGAUCCAGUUGCACAUGGCAGUCUGCGGGAUUACGAGCAAGGUCUACACGUCUAUGAUUGGAGCAUGCGGUGGUGCAGAGGGCAAGUCUGGAACUCCAGAUAGCCAACGUGAGCUGAUCGAAGAGGCCACGAAGCGCGUGGUCACUGCCGUCAUGGAUGAGAUGCCGUUGGCGUUCGACGAGAUAGUGAUAAACUUUGGACAGUUGUCGGAAUUCGAAUUUGCUUUGACAGCUGUUUCAACCAGGAGCGACUAUGCCGACACGGAGCUUCUGAGGAAGACGUGCGAAGAGAUGGGCGUGAUCGGGGCCACCGGCCGCAAGAAGCUGAACAUGGUCAGGCUGAACACGUUCUUCGCAGUGUGCAGCACGUUAUCUACGAUGCAGGUCCCCCUCAACGGCACUCCGAAAUACAUGUUUGGCUUGCUGUCUGUGCAGGACAUCUUCAAGAAGAUCGCGGAGUCCAUCGAGAGCCAGCGGUGCGGAGCGCAGGAGCCCAUCGAUAUCAAGAUCAUCACCAAGGCCAUCGACGGCGACGUGUCCAUGGCUGUCUUCGGCGACUGUUUCAGCAAGGCGAAGGCGCAUCACACGCUCGUCGCGGGCCUGAGGGGGGAGCUGCAGGGCUUCACUCAUACGCAGAUGAAGGAGUUCGUCGUGUCGCAGGGCUUGCAGAAUAUCGAGGUGCCGCCAUCCAUGGGAAUCUUCUCGUCUGUGAAAGCUGCGCUGGUAGAGGAUGUCAUGACUGCGGUUCAAAAGAAGUGCGCCGACACGACCUUGGCAGCCACGUUCCUCGUCGGCAACGUUGGCGACAAGGUGACGAUCCUGCGCGACCAGCUGGCCAAGGCAAGCGCCACCGCUACAACUGCGGCGGCAACAGCGGCGGUCGCGGCACCGACUGCGGGGCAGACGACUACGACUACUCCAACCAAGACUGCCAAGGAACCAGUCCCCAUCGCCGUCGACGACGGCAAGGGCAUUCCCCAGGGCGACUUCAACCUGACCAGCCUGGGGGUCACGCAGUGGAUCAGCAUGCUCACCGAUGAGGACCGCUCGAAACUAACAUGCAACAUUAAUGACACCAGCUUCCUUCUCGCCCUCACUUCUUCUCCCCGCCUUUCCUCCCAAAUUCGAGAGGAGCUGAAAUCCAACGGGCCCGACCACCUUGCCAUGGCCAGCGCGACGAAGGCGCGGGUGAUCGCCUCUGUGCAGGGCCAUUUCACGCCACCCGCUGACGGACUGCAAGGCCGCUUUCUCCGCGACGUGCUGAUUGACUUUUCCAGGAAGAAGAGCGUGGGGACCUUGACAGCUCGUCUGGCGGCAGACGCAACGACCACGGAGGCUCCCGAGUUCGUUUGUUGGGGCAGGGUGGUAGAUGCGAUCGCUGCGAGGAGCCUUCCGCGUGGCACUCUGCUUCCACUGGGGACAAGCAACGGUUUGAGUUUGUUCCUGGAUGGCUCGAAGCUCCUCAACCCUUUGGUUUCAGACGCAUGCAUCGCAUGGAUGCUCCCGAUGAUCAAGGACGACGUGGACGGUGAGACCAACGCCGAUGCUGCCCCCUUGGUGGACAGCGCGGCCAACCCUGAGGCUGGUGCAUGCGCAGCUGGCAGCAGCAGCGGUGCCCAGCCGCCCAGCAAGAAGCGCAAGGGCGCCUCCGCUGCCAAGGCGCAGCAGGCGCAGCAGGCAGCACCCCCAGCAAAACCACAGCCGAAGAAGGCUGGCAAUCGCAAGAAGCUUUCUCACACGCACUCUGUCGAAUUCGAGACCGUGCAAUUUGAUGUCGAGGUCGACUCGACUGCCAAGGUUUUCACUUUCGAGAGGCCUUUCUUGAAAUCCAACCGCCCCCUCAAAGCAGGCGAGACUCUUCGUCGCAAAGCCUUCGAGUGGACGGAGGCCAACUCCCCAGGCGAGGUUGUCUCGGGCAGGCGGGGGACGGCCCCCGAGGCGCAGGGUGCUCUCGCGGCCCCGCCGCCGGCCGCGGCCGAGGCGCCCGGCAGCCGCGGCGCCCCGGGCGGCGCAGGGCGCGGCUCCGCCCCCGAGCUCCGCGCCCUUGGGGCGCCCGGCGCGCGCAUGCCGCCCCCCGGGCUGCCCGCCGCGCGGCGCCGCCACGGCGUCGCGCUCCGCGGCCCUGCGCCGUGGAGGCGCCGGGGGGCGUGCUGCCUGGCGGAGGUGCGCCCGGCGCCCGGCCGCGAGGCGUUGCCGUGCCCCGCGCGCGAGGCGUCCUGGGAGAUCUUCUCGCGCGUGCGCAGCGCCGCGCGCGGCGACCCCUUCUUCGUCGGCUGCGCCCAGCAAGUCUCGCGGCAGCUCUACGCCUGGCGGCCCUCCGAGCUCGUGGAGAUUUGUUGCGGGGUCUCCCGCGUCUCGCGCUGCGCGUCGCCGGAGGGCGACCGCCUGCUCCGCCGGGCGCUGUGGCGAGUGGAGAGCCUUGCCGCCCACCUCGGAGGAGCCGAGUUGGUGCGGCUGCUGGAGGCGUACGCCGUGCGCGGGCUUCGGGAGCACGACCCCAGGCGGCCCGACCUCCUCCACGCGGCGGCCCCGCGCCUGCAGGCUUGCGCAGGGUCGCUGGGCAGCGCAGAGGUCAACCGGGCCGCGGCGGUGUACCGGCAGCUCAACGUGCGGGAAGCGGGCCUGAUCCGGGGGCAGAUGGUGCGGCUGCUCGGCGCCGGGUCGCGCCGCAGGUUCCGGGAGGUGGCGCCCGCGCCAGGGCGCCUCCCCGCGGCCUCCCGCGGUUCCCAGGACUCCGGGGCGCCGCCCGGGCGGCCACUCGCGCAGGGGCGGGGCCGCCGCCCAGGGCGGGCCCAGCAGCGCGGAGGGCCGGAAAGCUCGUGCGCCGGCGGACGUGCAGCCUCUGGUCGUCGCGGCGAUGAGCGUGCUGAUGGCCUGCGGGAGGCUGAACGUCGUGUCCGCUGGUGCGUGCCGCCUGUUCGAGCAUGUCGCCCCGAUCGUGUGCGACAGGCGCGACCUCGUCCACCUGGCGGCGCUCGCGCAGCUGGCCACGAAGCUCGGCCUCUCCGGCCUCGCCGCGUCGCAGGACGACGUGCUGCACCGGGCCAGCGCACUCCUGGAGGCAGGCGGCGUCCGGCCGCUGAGGGGGCACAGCUCGCAGGUGGCUUGCGGGCAGCUGCUGAUGGCCCUCGUCUUCGACGAGAGCGCCUGCGCGGCCCGCGACGCCGCGCUCGCGGCCACCGUCGCCGCGGCGCACUCGUGCUUCGGGGGCGCGCUGGCCGCGCUGGACGAGAGGCUGGUGCGCCAGCUGCAGGUGGCCGAGCUGGCCUGCCGGCUCGAGCGGCCGGGAGCGUGGAGCCGCCUGGAGGAGAGCAGCACCUCACGCCCUUCCUCGAGGGCAUAGCGCGGCUGGGGCACGAGGUGGCGCCGCUCAGCAAGUGCUCCUCGCAGCAGCACCUGCAGGUCUCCGGGGCGCUCGAGGACCUUGGCGUCAGGCACCGCAUGGAGGAGCGCCUGCUGCCGUACGUCGCCGACGGCUCCUGA